AUGGCGAGGCCUGGGGCGGCCCGUCCGGGCGUGAGCGCAACACUAGGGGUGGACUCGAGCGAAGAGACAGGAGGCCCCCGCCCGCGCGCAGCGAUCUCCACCGCCGCUGCCUCCGCCCCAGACACGUUGCAGACCUCUAAGAAGCUGGUGAACUCGGUGGCCGGCUGCGCCGAUGAUGCCCUUACCGGCCUGGUGGCCUGCAACCCCAACCUGCAGCUGCUCCAGGGUCACCGUGUGGCCCUCCGCUCUGACCUGGACAGCCUCAGGGGCCGGGUGGCAUUGCUGUCCGGCGGGGGGUCCGGCCACGAGCCUGCCCACGCAGGCUUCAUAGGGAAGGGCAUGCUGACCGGGGUCAUCGCAGGAGCUGUGUUCACCUCCCCGGCCGUGGGCAGCAUUCUGGCGGCCAUCAGGGCCGUGGCCCAGGCAGGCACUGCGGGGACCCUCCUCAUUGUGAAGAACUACACGGGGGACCGGCUCAACUUCGGCCUGGCCCUGGAGCAGGCCCGGGCAGAGGGCAUCUCAGUGGAGAUGGUGGUGAUUGGAGACGACAGUGCUUUCACGACCCUGAAGAAGGCCGGCCGGCGGGGCCUGUGUGGCACUGUGCUUAUCCAUAAGGUAGCAGGUGCCCUGGCAGAGGCUGGCGUGGGGCUGGAGGAAAUCACCAAGCGGGUGAGCGCAGUUGCCAAGGCCAUGGGUACCCUGGGGGUGAGCUUGUCCUCCUGCAGCGUCCCUGGCUCCAAACCCACCUUUGAACUCUCCAGCGAGGAGGUAGAGCUGGGCCUUGGCAUUCAUGGGGAAGCUGGUGUACGUCGGAUCAAGAUGGCCACGACUGAUGAGAUUGUGAAGCUCAUGCUUGAUCACAUGACCAGCCCCUCCAACGCGUCCCACGUGCCAGUGAAGUCAGGCUCCUCAGUGGUGCUGAUGGUCAACAACCUGGGUGGCCUGUCCUUCCUGGAGCUGGGGAUUGUCGCCGACGCUGCUGUCCGCUGUCUCGAGGGUCGCGGGGUGAAGAUCGCCCGGGCACUGGUGGGCACCUUCAUGUCUGCGCUGGAGAUGCCUGGCGUGUCCAUCACCCUCCUGCUGGUUGAUGACUCCCUCCUGAAACUGAUAGAUGCUGAAACCAGCGCAUCGGCAUGGCCCGUGACGGCCAAGGUCACUGUGACUGGGCGGAUACGGAGCCGAGCAGCCCCUGCUGAGCCCCCAGAGACCCUUGUCUCCACGGCUGGAGGAGGUGCAUCCUCAAAGCAGAUGGUGCUGGUGCUGGAGCGGGUGUGCACCACGCUGCUGGGCCUGGAGGAGCGUCUCAACGCCCUGGACCGGGCUGCUGGUGACGGGGACUGCGGGACCACGCACAGUCGCGCUGCCCGGGCCAUCCAGGAGUGGUUGAAGGCUGGCCCAGCCCCUGCCAGUCCUUCCCAGCUACUCUCCAGAUUGUCCGUCCUGCUGUUGGAGAAGAUGGGAGGCUCCUCAGGGGCGCUUUAUGGCCUGUUCCUGACUGCGGCUGCCCAGCCCCUCAAGGCCAAGACUGACCUCCCAACCUGGUCUGCUGCCAUGGAUGCUGGCUUGGAGGCCAUGCAGAAGUAUGGAAAAGCUGCUCCCGGGGACAGGACUAUGCUGGACUCUCUGUGGGCAGCAGGACAGGAGCUGCAAGCCUGGAAGAGGCCAGGCGCUGACCUGUUCCAGAUCCUGACCAAGGCCGUCAAGAGUGCAGAAGCUGCAGCAGAGGCCACCAAGAAUAUGGAAGCUGGAGCCGGAAGGGCCAGUUACAUCAGCUCCGCGCGCCUGGACCAGCCGGACCCUGGGGCCGUGGCAGCUGCCGCCAUUCUCCGCGCCAUCCUGGAGGUCCUGCAGGGCAGCCGGGGGGUGUGA